AUGCACUGCUUGCUAUGGAAUAGGACUAGAGCCGAGAAGUCUGUGGUUGAUGCCCUCGUUGUCUUCAGGAGCGCAGGAGUUCUGGAAGAAGAUGGCUCCAGUGGCGACGAAGCUGGCCACUGGAGCCAUCUUCGUCGUCGCCUCCAUAGCUACAGAAUCCAGAGUUUGGAGAGCAUGCACUGGUGGUUCAAACUGAAUGAGCAUAGGCGCUUCAAUGGGUCCCCAGGGAGGGGAAACCCUCUAAUCCUCUACGAUCUACGGUGUAAAACAACUACUAUCAAAGGCUAA